CACCACUGGGGUCCUUUCACAAAACCAAUUUUCCUGACGCGACUUCUUUUUUUCUCUAAAUUCAGAUCUCAUUUCUAAAGGAAAACAUGAACUGAAUUUACCUGAGAGUUCACCUGCACAGGUGGGAUUGGAUUGCUGUGGAUGUUACAGCUGUCACGAAGCAGCUAGUUGGACUGUCGGAGGCAGGAGAUACACUGGGACAAUACAAAAUAAACAAGAAUGACUUGAUAUCUCCAGACAAUUCAAGAUACCGGCAGCAAGCUUUGGGGAUUAACGCUAACAGUGCACAAUAGGGCUUAGUGAUAUUUAUCGGCAAAAUCUCCAGCUUCCACAAAAGCAACAGCUAACGUGAAAAGGCGAGCACCAUUUCCGGGCUCGUGACAUCGAUUAUAGUGGAGCGGGACGUCGGUGUGAGGGGUGCGGGGAGCGGAGCAGUGUCGCUUACAAUACCCGGGCUGGUGGACGACAGCAUGGCUGCAGGAAAGGGAGCAGGGAAACCCGCCUCGCUGUGGGACAAUAUGCGCAUACGGUUUAUCGUUUGCUUCCUCGGAGUCUUUGUGUGUUACUUUUAUUACGGAAUAUUACAAGAGACAAUCACUCGAGGUGACUAUGGUCAAGGAGACAAGAAGGAGAAGUUCAGAUUUGCCCGGACAUUGGUCUUCAUCCAGUGCAUCAUCAGUGCUUUGUUUGCUAAGAUCUUGAUCCAGUUUUUUGAGGGCUCAAAACCGGAUCACACCAAGAGCUGGCUCUAUGGACUGUGUUCCCUCUCUUACCUAGGAGCCAUGGUGUCCAGUAACUCUGCCCUCCAGUAUGUCAACUAUCCCACACAGGUGUUGGGAAAAUCCUGCAAGCCCAUACCAGUGAUGAUCCUUGGCGUUACAAUACUGAGGAAGAAGUACCCACUGGCUAAGUACCUGUGUGUGCUGCUGAUUGUGAGUGGCGUGGCUCUGUUCCUCUACAAACCCAACAAGAGCUCAGCCGUUGCAGAUGACCAUGUUUUUGGCUUUGGAGAGAUUCUGCUGCUGGUCUCUCUGACAUUGGACGGGUUGACUGGUGUGGCCCAAGACCACAUGAGGGCCCGGUUCCAGACGACUGCCAACCACAUGAUGCUGAACAUCAACAUGUGGUCCACUCUGGUGCUGGGAGUAGCUGUGUUGUGGACAGGAGAGGUAUGGGAGUUCCUGAGUUUUACCGAGCGCCACCCCAGCAUCCUCUACAAUAUUCUUCUGUUUGGACUGACCAGUGCUUUAGGCCAGACCUUCAUCUUUAUGACGGUGGUGUACUUUGGGCCUCUGACCUGCUCCAUCGUCACCACCACGAGGAAGUUCUUCACAAUCCUUGGCUCUGUUAUUCUGUUUGGCAACGUCAUGAGUAUGAUGCAGUGGGUUGGCACCAUCCUAGUUUUCCUAGGUCUCGGAUUGGAUGCUAAAUUUGGCAAGGCCCCCAAGAAGACGACACACUAAAACACCUGGAGCACAGAGAAAGACAGAAACACUGCAGAACAAAUGCAAACACUCUAUAGCCAGUAUCUUAUUUUCAUAAGACAUCCUGUACAGGCAUAUUGUAUGUGCCUAUGAAGUGUUCAAGUACAGUCGGAUUUUUAACUUAACUGUAUUUAAAAGAAAGUUGUCGUAGUUUUCAGAUCCAGCUUCUGUUGUGUACUGUUGAUAUACUGAACGUUUUACUAGGGAUCAAGUUCUGAGUGAACUGUGAUGAGCCAUUGACGUCUUUUUUGACCACAGGCUACUGCAGUUUUGUGGAGGAAUUUGAACCGACUGAAAGUCACAGGUGGAAAAUACUAUAUUGAAACAAAUCUUUACUGUUUCUGAAACCAGCUCACCUCCCUCGGAUGGAAGUUGAACCAAACAAAGCCUAAGAAACACAUUUGAGCAAUUAACUCUUGAACUUACCACCAAAUAAGGCUUAGUUUAAAAAUUCUUGCUUGAAUAUGUGUUAUUAUCACAGAUGUAGUUUAUUUCUUGGCAAAUAAUUAGCCAAGUAUUAUGCCAUUUAUAAAAUUGUAAACGAUUGUACCCUGUUUUAUUAUGUCCAAUCUUACUAUUGAAUUGUUAUUACUUUUAUUUUGAAAAUAACUUGCCAUAAAAGGGAAAUUGUAAUA